AUGCCCUUUCGAAGAGGAAACUGCUAUUUAGUAGACCAUAUUGCUAUUCUCAAAACAUUCGUAAAUUUGAACCACUCCACAUCAAGCAUGCCCGAAAAUUAUUUGGAUCCCGUCAGCCGGGAAGAACCAGGGAUGUCAGAUUUCUGGCUGUCCUCCGACCGUUUGAUCCAAAGUCUACUGAAAGACAUAGAUAAGGAGCUCGAUACGUCGUGUGGCAACGCUUUGAACGCUUCCAGUGGAGAGGGGAUCGAUGAUCUGCCUCAUAAGCAGGAAUUUCCAGCCAAAACAGAUAGCUUAGCCAACAGCGACACCACCUUGCAUUUCGACAGUGAGGCAAAUCAGAUCAGAGAUACUACCACUGAUAGGGAAGUACACCCUGAAGCAUCAGGGCCUGGUACUAACUUUUCCAUCCUUGGUAACUUCGCAGCCGCAGCCAAACGAGGAGAUGAAAAUUCAAAGAGAGAGGUGCAAAAGGAAAAUAUCGUCCUAUCGGCUGCUGAGACAGAUAUGCUUCCUCCAAACAAUUCUUCGAAUGUUCACUCAACAGAUUUACAGGCCCCACAUCCCACAACAAUAGGGAGUCAUACCAGAAGGCCAUCAUUCAACUCUGUUUUCACAAGAGAAAUACCACCAACAACACCACCCAAGCAGACAACUACACUCAAAGGUCACUGGACGGAGACACAAAGAAUUGUUGAUCUUAAGCGCUUGGACACCCCUGAUUCUGGACAGGUCAGCUCUGUUUUCAAGACAACAGUAGGAAGCGGAAAGCGUAAGAAGAAGCCCAAAUCUAGAUUGCAUAGACCCUCCUCCGGACUGCCCCACAGUAAGAGCACUACUGAUGAUAUGGCCCUGGCAGACGCACUUGCAGCCAAGCAAGCCAAGAUGGGACCAGCUGAUUCAGUUGGAGGGAGUGAUGCAACUUCAGGAUCUCAACAGGAACCUAAUGGGAGCACAUCCACCUUUAGGUGUGGGAUAUUACCCCCGCCUUCAUAUGGUGGUGACUACGGGCUCAGGAAGGCGGCCACUGCGAUCGAGAAGACUAGCAACAGCCUACCUUCAACGGUGCUGGCAGCAAAAAUCCAAGAAGUCAUGAAAAGCAAAAAUACCAUGAAUCUUGGGAAUGCACUGACUUCUGAGGUCUUGGAGAGUAUGACUCUUGAUCAAUUGCGUGUAGCUUUUAAAAGGACUCAGGGUGAGCGAACAGUUGCGCAAGUCAACCUUGACGCAUCCAAUCUACCUGGGAGCCUGUGCACUAUACGACAGCUACUUGAGCUUACUAAAGGAGAUGUGUACAAAGUGGCCAGUACCUACUCCAUUAGGAUCUAUCCAUUGCCCUGGCAGCCCAUGGAUGCAGAGCCCUGGUACUGUGGUGGAUUUUGCCGGAUAAUGAUUGGUUCACCUGAGGACAGUGAGGCUGUACAAUGGAGGAACACCAUCCUCCAAUAUCCUAACGACCUCCCUCCUUCAGUGGUUGAGGCGUUCAAGAGCUGGAGCCUCAGUCAAGGAACUAUGAGAUUGACUCGAGCCUCCGCUCCCCAUGUGAUGCUGUCGCUGAGAUUUUAUGCAAGUCCGUGGUCUGCAAGCACAUCAGAUGGGGCUAAUGUCACGCGUGUUGAAGUAAUGCCACGUAACUACGAUACGGAUUGGUAA